UUGAAUCUUUAAAGACUGUUGAGGGAAAUAAUCAGGCAUUGCGUUUUAAUAACACCAGACAUAGCUAAGAUGUAUCGACUAGGUCAACGUCUCAUAUUACGAUCCGUGUAUUUCGUAUUCAUUUGGCAUCCCAUUGAAGGCACCACACAAGCAGGAUCAGAAUUUGAAAAUACACAAAACAUGCAUGAUCUUGGACAAACAACAGUAUUCACAGGAGAGAACAGUUCUAGUACAGACAACAAUAUGAUGUCUGGCAACCAGACAAUAACGACAUCUCAUUCAGAAUACGAAGAGACUGAGGUCGAUUUUCUGAAAGGAAUCUAUGAGACCCUAGAAUUUGCACAAGAUAUGUAUGUUUUACCCGUAGUAUGCACUGUAGGUAUUAUUGGAAACACGUUAGUUGCUACUUAUUUGUACAAACGGCGCGGUACCAAUUCCUCGUUCAUCUACAUGUUUGCCUUGCUUUUGUCGGAUACGCUUAGUCUUGUAUCAGAUUUGUUUCUACCAUUUGCAACAUUGCUUUCCAUGACGAAUAUCGAUUCAAUCAUGAAAACAGCAGCAAACAUAUACUUCUGGAAUAAAAAUUUCAUUACAUACAUAUUGAAAGGAACUGCUUUUAACACUCUCUGUGUAUUGUCUGCAGAACGUCUAAUUGCAAUAAAAUAUCCUCUUAAACUGAAAUCAUCGCUGACAGUCACGAAACCUUAUAUAUUUUUGUUCCUAUCUUUUGUAAUAAGCGUCUGUACAAACAUCCAAAUCCCGCUGUUCACAGAAAUAGCUGGUGUGACAGACAGUGAAAACAAUGAAACGUCGUAUAAACGAGUGUAUACCAGUCUUUAUCUUGAAGAUAAGCCGAAACAUGAUAGCAUCGUCCUCUUUCUUCAUUUCUUUGCAGGGCCAGUCCAGAUUAUCUUUUUCUGUGUCAUGAACGUACUUAUAGUUCAUGGCAUUUACCAGAACAGGAAAAGCCUUCUUGCAAUGAAUAUGAACAACAUCGAUCAUCUUAAGUCUAUUAAGAACCUACAGGUCAGGCUAUGUAAAAUAUUUCUGGCACUAUGCUUCACUAAUAUCCUUGCCUUUCUGCCUAACUCAGUUACAACUAUCAUUGCAAAAAUGUUCCCUGAAUUAGGAAUGAGUGUAAGAUCGUACUCCACACAGCUUCUGCUCCAUGGCGGUAAUUUAUUGAGGGUCUUGAACAGUGCUAGUGAUUUCAUUAUAAUGCUGGCUAUGUCAAUUGAAAUUCGCCGGGACGUCAAGAGAAGAGUAAUGUGUCUGAAAUCAUCGAGCAUGUAUGAAGAAAAAGAAAAUAUGUCUAGAACUUUAAGUACAACAAUUGGAAGAACAGACGUUUCUGUUAAUGGUAAAUCGUUCAUAAAGAAAUAUUGAAUUUGAAUCAGCGGCAAUAAGAGCCAGUAUUCAUCUAAUCUUGCUUGUCUUAAAAUUAAAACGGCAUGCUUCACGAAUUGUUUUAAAUGUUGAAUGCUUAUGCCCAACAGGCACACUGUCGUUUACGUUACACAUGUUCAACCAUUUUGUAAUGACUCGGACUUUAUGAAUACAAUAAGACGCAUCUUAUCGAAAUAGAUUUCAAAUGUACGCAUGACCUGCGGUUUUGGAUAAAACCAGGGAAGUAUCAAAAAUAAGAAGUUCGUGCUGAAGCUAGGGUUACUCUCAAUAUUACUAUUAUUGAUAACAUACAGUACUUAGUCUUUUUUUCCUUGUUUUAUACUCCAAAUUAAAAAAAAUCCUUGAACUAUCUUAUACUACCGAGUAAAUAAACAAAAAGAUGUUUGAAGAAAAUAGGUGAAAUGCAUGUUUUAUGUGACAUCUGUUUAUUUGUCACAAAAUUAGAUAGGUAUAGCAGCAUAUCAUCUCAUUUAUGACCAUUUAUCCUAAUAUAUUCUUUAUAUCCUUAAGCUUCCUACUACAGUCGUGUUUCUGAGAUAUUUUAAAACUCAAUCAUGUCAUAGUGUAGUGAUGUAAUGGAUACUUUAAUGUCUA